AUGAUUGGAGGACUAACUCUGAACUAUGAAUUUAAUCGUAAUAAUUUGCACACAUUUAUUGAAGAAAAGAAGUUCUUUGAUAUAUUUGAAAUAGAGGAUGCAAGCAAAAUCUUACAAGAUUCAAUUUUAUCAUCCGAUGAUUUCAUCUCAAUUCUCCAGGAAGGCAGAAUCAAGUAUGAUUCACAUGAUCUAUUCAAAGGUGUACAAACUGCUCAUGUUUCUCUUCGUAAUAUAGAUGAAACAAUUAGAAUUCUAGAAAUUUCCUAUAAAUACCUUGAGCUUGGAAUUCUAAAAGACACAAUUGAUUUUAUGAAUACUUUGCGAUUACAAAUAAAUCCAAAUCUUAAUUCUGAACUCAAUGUAUUGAGUGAACAAAAGCAAGAGUUAAACAAUCAAAUGAUUACACUCCAUUCUGAAAUUGAAAGACUCAAAAGACGAAUUUCAGAAUUAACAAAAGAAAAUGAAUCAUUGAAACAGAAAAUAAAUGAAAAUCCAGUUACACAGGAUAUUUUAUCCAAAAUAGAUCAAUUAAAUACAUCAAAUGAUUUUCCGAGAAUUUAUAAAUUCUUAUGGGAAAUUUCGGAAAAAGGAUACCAAAAUGCAAACAUACAAACAAAGAUUAAGUGCCUUUUGGAAAAGAAAGAUGGAGAUGGAAAUAACCCAUUACAUAUUGCAUGCAGAGAUGGAAACACUAAACUUGUAAAAUAUUUAAUUUCAGUCGGAGCAAAUAAAGAAUCAGAGGGAAAUCAAAUGCUCACACCACUUAGCGUUGCCUCACAAUAUGGUCGUCUUGCAAUUGUUGAAUAUCUUAUCUCUAUUGGUUGCAAUAAAGAACCAAAGAAUACUGAAGGAGUCACACCACUCAUUGUUGCUUCUAAUAAUGGCCAUCUUGAAGUUGUUAAAUACCUCAUUUCAAUUGGAUGCAAUAAAGAAGCAAAGAAUUGUUUGGGCAUAACUCCAUUCAUGUUUGCAGUAGUAAAUGGUAAUCUCAAUGUGGGACGCUAUCUAGUUUCAGCUGGAGUAAAUAUAAAUGCAAAAACAGAUGGAGGAAGUACAGCACUCCAUGAAGCAGUGAUAAGCGGAAAACUCCAAGUUGUUCAGUAUCUUAUCUCGAUCGGCCUUAACAAAGAAGAAAAAACGGUUGAUGGAUGGACCCCAUUGAUACUUGCGGCUCAUCUCGGUUUUCUUGAUAUAGUAAAAUAUUUAAUAUCUAUUGGAGCCGAAAAGGAAGCAAUGGAUAAUUGCAGGAACACCCCAUUAAUUUGUGCAUCAAGCCAAGGCCAACUUGAUGUUGCCAAGUAUCUAAUUUCUGCUGGAUCCAACCAUAGGGCUAAAAAUAUCUUUGGACAUGAUGCAUUAUUUAUGGCUUCCAAAAAUGGUCAUUUAAAUGUGGUCGCAUUUCUUAAAUCCAUCAGUCGUUUGUAA